UCCUCUUUACUUUCACUUUUGUUUUCAACAAUGCCAUUUUGUAAGUUUGAUUUUUAGCCUUGGCACUCGUAUUGUAACAACAAUAUACAUUUAAAAUUCUACUUUAAGACGAGACUUAAUGAAGGCUUUUCUGCUUGUUGUUGCUUUUCUUGAAAGCAUCCUUGGCGCAGAAGAACAUGCAUAUCAGCAGUUUAUUGAGUGCUCCAAUAGUGAAGGUCAAGUUCCUUUAUGGAACUACGGGUAUGAUGGCAAAGACAUAAUGCAUAUGGAUUUAGUGAAUGAAGCUGUGGUUGCUACCAGUAAACCAGGUCAGCGUUUAGCAGAGGAGAGACAAAGCAGGGAAUACAUUAAGAGAAAAGAAGACAAACUAAAAAUGGUGUGCUCUGCUGUGAAAACUGUUUUCCUGAUGUCCAACAACUCUCUCUCCAAGGCAGCCAAGCCAACAGUGUUUCUAUCUUCUGGAGGAAAGAAAGAACAAGAAUAUCUUAAAUGUGUUGUACAUGGCUUCUAUCCAAAUGUCAUUCGAGUGCGUUGGAGUUGGACCCAAACAGGAAGACACAUUUAUUAUGGCGUUUCGACUACUGGAAUACUCCCUCACAGAGAUGGCAAAUUCCAGAUAACCUCCUUUCUUAGCCUGGCUAACAUUAGUGACCACAGUGUUACCUGUGAGAUCGAACACUUAAGCAUCAGUGGAAAACUGAGUAUACCUUAUGAGAAGAAAGAAUUCACCGAACAUGUACUUUUGGCAGUGGCUUGCUUUCUGCUUGGGUUGGCAUUCACGUGCCUACCUCUUCUGAUUAGGUGCAUAUGGCAACAUACAAGAAAACCACCUAUAGAUGAGAGAAAUGACACAAGUGCUGAUUCAGAAACAUCUAUCAAUUUGAUGAAUGUCUCACAGGAAACAUGAAGAAUUUGAGAAGAGCAUGGACUUUACAAAUUAAAAAUUUAUUUUACUGAUAAAACUUUCUUCUGUGUGUACAGUUGUAUAUAACUUGCAUAAUACAUUUCUAUGCUGAAUAUUAUAUAAUUUUAUAUGUAUUAUAUAGUUUUUCAAUCUUAAUAAUCUAUUUAUUUUUCAUGACAAAUAGUUGUUUUUGUCCAAGUAAUUUACGUUAUUCCUUACGUUAUUAAAAUAGUUAUUGACUCUACAAGCAGCAUUUUCAUACUGUCUACACAUUGCAUGAUGAUGUAAAUUGCUUGCAUAAUUCUACUGUUGGGAUUGUCAAUGUCGCCAAUACAUAAAAUUUAGUUUUUUUUACAUCUAACAUUAGUAUCACAUAAUAGUAUUCAUUUUUAAUUAAUAAACGUUUGUUUAUUUUUUACUAAACAAGUACAAGAGGUAUGUAUAUUGCAUAAAAACAGAGCAAUAACGCAACACCAUUAAUAAAUAGUGCGUCACGCUAACUUGUACCGUAAGGCUUACAUGUAAUUGACUGACAUCUUCACUAACCAAUAGA